UACACAGGUGGAAUAUCACCAACAUUUCCAACCUUAUAUAUAAAUAUGUCCGAUUGGCCGCCUCUCUCUCUCAAUCGCUCAUCUCUCGGCCACAAUCGAAAACCCUAGACAUCUUCUUAUCUAUCUCUGUUGAUCGGCUUCUUGUUGCCAUCAGCUCUCUACAACUUUCAAGUUGGAGUGUUUGUGAAAGUCAAAGCGAUUUUUAUGUCCGAGCAGGCUAUCCUCUACUUAGGGUCUAUCGGGUUGUUGGGAGAAUAUUGUCCUAUAUUCAAGGAGAAAACUCCUUCCUCUACAAAACCAAUCACCUGUAUGCAUCGAGCGCCAUUUCAGGACCACACUGAUUUCCACGGUUGCCCCUUAUCGCAACCUUCCAAUUCCCCAUUUUACCCCUCCAAAACCCCCCACUUUUCAACCUCCAUUACCUCACUAAUCUAAUAUCAAGAUUCAAGAAUCUUAACCACUUCCCAACACUUACCAAAAAUGGCUUUACAAAACAUUGGUGCAAGCAACAGCGAUGAUGCCUUUUACAGAUACAAAAUGCCAAAAAUGAUUACAAAAAUCGAAGGGCGUGGAAAUGGAAUCAAAACAAAUAUAGUCAACAUGGUUGAUGUGGCAAAAGCUUUGGCUCGUCCACCUUCUUAUACCACUAAAUAUUUCGGGUGUGAACUCGGUGCACAAUCAAAAUUCGAUGAAAAGACAGGUGUGUCCCUGGUCAACGGGGCCCACGACACUUCAAAACUUGCGGGUCUUCUUGAAAAUUUCAUAAAAAAAUACGUUCAGUGUUACGGAUGCGGGAAUCCCGAAACUGAAAUCUUGAUUACAAAAACUCAAAUGGUGCAGUUGAAAUGUGCUGCUUGUGGGUUUGUGUCUGAUGUGGACAUGAGGGAUAAGCUGACGUCAUUUAUUUUGAAAAAUCCACCAGAAGUGAAAAAGGGUGGGAAAGAUAAGAAGGCCAUGAGAAGGGCAGAAAAGGAAAGAUUAAAAGAAGGUGAAGCUGCUGAUAAAGUACAGAAGAAGUUGACUAAAGAUGUUAAGAAGAAAGAUGUGAAGCCGACAAAAAAGAAAGGAAAUGCAUCUGACGAGGAUCAUGUCUCGCCAACUGUCAGCCAGGCUGGCGACAAGGACGAUUCGGAAGAUGACGGGGACGUCCAAUGGCAGACCGACACGUCAGCGGAGGCCGCCAGACAACGGAUUCAAGAACAGCUCAGUUCCGUGACCGCUGACAUGGUGAUGUUAGCAACCGAGGAGCCGAAAAAAGUCAAAGCAGUCAACGGGAAUGGGAAUGGGAAUGGGAAUAAUAAGAAGCUUGCUGAUGUGGCGAAGGAGAAUAUUAAAAAGGGUGUUUCACCGAAGGAGUUGAUGGGGAUUUUGUCGGGUUCGAAACAAGAGAAUGUGAGUGCUAUUUAUGAAGCGGUGGUUGAUGGUGUGGAAAAAGGGUUUGCAAAACAUGUGGUGAAAAAGAAGAGUUAUUUGGCGGCUGUGGUGGGUGAAGGGGCGGAAUCGCAGAUUCUGGUGUUGAGGGCGAUUGAGGAGUUUUGUCGGAAUGGGAAUGGGAAUGCGGUUAAGGAGGUUCCGCUUGUGUUGAAGGCGUUGUAUGAUGUUGAUAUUUUGGAAGAGGAGUAUGUGGUGAAGUGGUAUGAGGAGGGGUUGAGUGGUGGGAAUAAGGACUCGUUGAUUUGGAAGAAUGUGAAGCCAUUUGUGGAGUGGCUUCAGAGUGCGGAAUCGGAAUCGGAAGAAGAAUAGAAUCGGAAUCGGAAUUGGAGUUGGAGUUCCCAGGUUGUUGUUCUUUGCUUUAUCUAUCUUUUGGUUUGUUAAGUAUUUGUUCUGUUCUGUUUUCAGUGUGACUUGAAAUAAAUCGUAUGUGUAUGUUAUUUGUGUGUUUGUUUGUGGAUUUUAAGGAUAAAAUGCUUAUGAAAUAUUAUUUACUUGGCUUUUGAGAUAAA